AUGUCGCUGCUCAAGGCUUUUGGUCAGGCGCUUCAGCGCUCAGUCGAGGUCGCUCGAGAUGAGACUGCAAAGAUGAUGCGCAUGGAAAUCUCUCCAACGUCGAAGAAUCAAGGAGCACUCCUCAUCUACGCCAUGACGCAGCCGGCGCACCUGUCGAACUUUGCGACCGGCUCGGAUUCGGAUAUCGGUGGUCUGUCGCAGUGUCGGCUGGGGCUGGACGAGUCGUCGCGAGGACGAUUCUACGGCACGCUCUCAUCGCAGGUGCCUCGUGGUGGCAAGAUUGAGAAGAGCGGAUAUGCGGGCUUCCGCAACCGCAACCGCCCUACGCUCUUUGGCAACCAGUGCUGGGACACGACGGUGCACCCCUACCUCGCGCUCCGCGUCAGGAACAGGCUCGCCAAGAAGCCAAUCGCCGGCGCCGACAAGAGCGAGCAUGCAGAUGCCGGUGCGGGUAGCGGCCUGCGUGCGGCACUGCACGCGAGCGGGCCUUCGGGACCCGCUACCAGCCGUGCAGUUCAUGCGCUCGGCCUUGGCAGGAAGGAGCUGCCAGGCCCAAAGUUCUUUGUCAACAUCCAGACCGACGGACCCGUCACGAGCGACCUUUUCCAGCACCGCCUGUAUCUCGACGAGAGCAAAGGAUCCAACUGGCAGACUGUGAUCAUCCCGUUCAACGACUUUGUGCUCACCAACACGGGCCAGGUGUCCAACUCGCAGGUGUCGAUGAUGCGCGAAAAGAUCCGCACGGUCGGCAUCUCGUCGGUGCUCGACGUGCCCGUGCCUCCGUCGGCGUCUAAACCGCCGAGCAAGGACGCGCCUCCCUCUGCACUCUCCCGCAACGCGCGCGAGUCCGAGCAGGAAGAAGAUGACUGGGCGGUGGAUGGCGACCUUCGUGCGGACGACAACCUCGACACCGCCCUGCGAGGCAGCAAGAGAGGCGCAACUUUCAACUUUGACCUCGGCGUCGAGAGUGUCUAUGCUUCUCCCAUGCGGGGCGAAAAGGCACUGCGGGGUGCCUCGAUCCGAGGCAGCCUGUUCGGCUUCCCCGCAACUAUGAUUCCAAUACGAGAUGGGCUGACACCGGGGAUCUCGUCGAGAUUACCGGUCGCGCCACUGCAUAUUUGCGGAUUGGAAGAAAGCCGCGAGCAGUGGGGAAAGGCCGAUCGGUGUGGAGGCAAUUGGCGCGGCGGCAAAAACAACACCACCAGAUCAAGUUUACUCACAGCAAAUAUGGCCCUCGAUCCUUUUGAGCCCAUCGUCUUCGGCGCCGAAGGCGCAGAGCUGGUGGCGACCGUGCUGCCAUACGGCCUCACGAUUCACACGAUCGGCACCGAGGAGGGCGAGGACUUCAUUGGCGGCCCCGAACACCCGCGCGACCAUCAGACUCGAGGCCGAGCGUUCCUGAACCCGAUCAUCGGCCGCUUUGCCAACCGUCUUCCCGUGGGCAAGAUCGACUACACUUCGGCCAGCGGCCAUUCGGGCCACCUCCAGCUCGAGGAGUACAGAGGACCUGGUGUUGUGCUUCACGGCGGAGCCGAGGGCGAAAAGGAGAACCAGGUCGACAGCAUCGUGCAGCACGGUCCGUUUGACAGGUGCUACUGGCAGCCGAUCGACACCAAGGACAGCAAAUUCUUCAGCGAUGCAGGCUAUGCUUCGACGAGCAACCCGAGGGGCAAGCAGAGCAGCCUGAUCUUUGCGAUCGAGUCGCCCGACGGCGAUUCUGGAUUCCCAGGACAGCUGCGUGUCGAGACGCUGCUUGCACUCGUUCCGGGCUCGGGCUCGGACAGCGUGAUGGGCAAGUCGGCAGGCAAAUUGUUGAUUCGCUACCGUGCCGCCCUCGCAUCGGACGGCUCUGUCGAAGCCACGCCGUUCAACAUGACGCACCACUGGGGUUUCAACAUGUCGGCCUUGAACGAGCAGGCGUGCAAGGCCGAGAACGGCACGGUGACCGAACAGAUCAUCCAGAUGUACCCACCACCGGGCAAGCCGCUGUACCAUCUCGACAUCGACCCAGCGAUGCUCGCCACGGGCAAGAUGAACGUCACGACCGGAGAGCCCGAGACCUUCUCCAACCCCGGCUCUCACCACUGGGACAGGAAAGACGGCAAGCGCAUCUCGGAUGGCAUGCCUGCCAACGGCUACGACGACUUCUACGUUUGGGGACCCGACGCUUCCGUUCCUCAGGCGGACGAGAUCGGCCAGAUUGCAACCGAGGCGACCAAGCGCAUGCGCGUCACAUCCGAGUCUGCCGGCCGCUCGGUGCUCUUCUACUCGAACCAGGUCGGCGUGCAGAUGUACACUGCCGAAGGCCAGCCCGAGCACCCCGCUGAUCCGGCCAAGUCGGGCGGCCUGAUGAAGCAGGCUCACCGCAAGGGCGGCCAGCCCGACAGCGGCAACUUCAAGCGCAGCUUCACCGCCAUCGAGUUUGGCGGCCCGCACUGCGGCUUCCUGCACGACCGCCUCGCAGACAUGGGUGGACGCGAAGAGGUGCUCGAAAAGGGCCAGAUCUACGACAACUGGGUCGUAUGCGAGGCCUUCCGCAAAUGA